AUGCCAUCGGGAACCAAUACCUCCCUCGUCAACAAUGCAGGGGAAACAGCAUUGCAUGCCAUCUUGAAGGGAUGGGCUGUGCGACAGGGGAAUGCUGUUCUGGAAGAAGUGAGAUGGUUCAUGGACGCUGGGUUGACCAGCAUGCAUCGAGACCACAUGGGGAACACGCCGUUACAUGCGUUGUGCGCGACGCGGCUUGACUUUCCUUGCGAGGAAUGGGACCAGUCGCCAGGCCGGGAGACUGCUGAUUAUCUUCUAUCCAUCGAUGAAGGCAAAGCUUGCCAUGUGAAAAAUAAGGAAGGGUACCAGCCAAUCCAUCUGGCUGCUGCUAAUUCGAAGGUGCUCGCAUGGAAGCUCAUAACAAUGGGUGUUUCGACAACCGCACGCACCAAUGAUGGAAAAGGUCUGCUGCAUAUUGCUGCGGCAGCUGGCCAAGGUACCAUUGUCGGCCUCUUGCUGGACCAUUACCGCGCUUCUGGAGAGCUGGAAUAUCAGCUGGGUCAAACUGAUAACACUGGAUCAACUCCGUUGCAAUUGGCAUGUCGUAUCGACUGCUCUGCAAGUGUUGAGCUUUUGACAAAAGCAGGAGCAGGCCUAGAUGCGCGAGACGAGGCGGGGUUGACACCAACGGGAGUGAGUUCGGAGUAG